CUAGCCGGCUUCUCUUGUCGCUUCGGUUCGAGUUUCCAGAGUUCAUUUCGUUUCAGAUCCGUUCUUCACUUCAUACGUUGUGUUGUGAUCAAACACAUUCGUGACCUGGUGUUCUCGUGUUGUGUGUUUGGUGUUUUUGUGUGUGACACAGUGAGCGUUUAGUUUGUAAUUUAUUUGUGAGUUGAGUUUUCAAAAGUUUUUACAUCAUUUUAAAUUAACAAUGGCAUCAAAAGCGAAAAAAUCAGCGGCGUCCAGAGCCAGCUCUACGCCUAGACCCGAAACACCUCAACCUAGUUCUUCCGGCAACCAGGGCAAAUCUGGUAGCCCUCUCAGUCCUACACGAUAUGGCCGGCUUCAAGAAAAAGCCGAUUUGCAAAAUUUGAACGACCGUCUUGCAAUUUAUAUUGAUAAGGUGCGUCAUUUGGAGACGGAAAACAGUCGCCUAACCCGAGAGGUUCGAACGUCCCAGGAAUAUACAACGCGCGAGGUUACUAACGUCAAGUCUCUUUAUGAAGCUGAGAUUGCCGAAGCUCGCAAGCUAUUGGAUUCAAUAUCCAGAGAAAAAGCGAAAAUCGAACUUGAGGUUCGGAAAUUGUCCAAGGACGCCGAUGAGCUAAAGAAAAGUUUGGACAAGAGCAACACAGACCUCACUCUAGCCAAGAGAAAUGCAACUAUACUUGACUCGCAACUCAGCGAUUUGCAAGGCAAAUACAAUCAGGCCCAGGCAGACCGCAAGAAGCUGUUGGACGAAAACAAAAAUCUCGAGAAAGAAAGAGAUGCGCUGAGAACAAAGCUGAAAGAUUUGGAGAGAGAGAUUGAAAACGAGACCCUGCACCGAAUCGACACAGAGAACGCGCUGCAAACCGUCAGAGAAGAACUCGAAUUCAAAGAGCAAAUGCAUCAGCAACAGUUGAUUGAAACUCGCAGUAAACGUCAUGUUGAAAUCAGUGAAAUUGACGGAAGACUCUCGGCUGAGUAUGAGGAGAAACUCUACCAAAAUCUCCAAGAAAUCCGUGAACAGUAUGAAAUUGAUAUGGAAGCCAAUCAGGAAGAAAUUAAGGGCUUGUAUGAAGAAAAGGUGAGGAGCUUGCAAGCUCAAUUGGAACGAAAUGCGAGCACCACUCAGAUUGCAUUGAAGGAAAUGCAACAGAUGCAAUCUCGCACUGACGGACUGACAACGAAAAUUGUUGACCUCGAAGCGGCCAAUUCACAGCUCCAGUUGCGCGUGCGCGAGCUGGAGCAGCUGUUGGAGUUGGACCGCAGUCGCUUCAUGAAGGAGUACACCGCCCUCGAGGAGGAGAUGAACAAGCUGCGCGAGGAGAUGAGCCGUCAGCUCCAGGAGUACCAGGACCUCAUGGACAUCAAGGUCGCUCUCGACAUGGAGAUUGCCGCCUACAGGAAACUGCUCGAAGGAGAAGAAGCUAGAUUGAACAUCACACCGGUGCAGUCGCCGGGACGCCCCUCACCCGGGCGACGCACCCCGGCCGGACGCGGAGGCAAGAGGAAGCGCACUCUCAUGGAGGAGUCAUCCGAGGAGGCCUCCUCAUCCUCAUACACCGUCAAGGCCUCCUCCAGCGGCGACAUCGAGAUCGCCGAAAUCUGCCCUCAAGGCAAGUUCGUCAAACUACACAACAAAAGCGGCAAGGAGGUUUCUAUUGGCGGAUGGCAGCUGAUUCGUAUCGUGAAUGAUGCGACUACUACUUUCAAGUUCCACCGAACGGUGAAGGUGGAGCCCGACGGAUUCGUGACGGUGUGGUCUGCCGACGCCAACCAGCAGCACGAGCCGCCGGCCAACAUCGUCAUGAAGGGCCAGACAUGGAUUGUCGGCGAGAAGAUCGCCACCACCGUUUACAAUUCGAACGGAGAGGAGGUGGCAACGGCCGAACAUGUUCGCCAGCAAUCAUCGCAGAGCUCGAGCUCCCUGAGGAAGCGCGUCUUCCCCCAGAGCUCCUUCAGAAGCAGCUCCGAGCAAGAACUCUAUCACCAGCAGGGUGAUCCUCAAGGAGAAGAAAGGUGUUCUAUUAUGUAAGGAACUUUGAAUGUGCAGACAUUGACUUUUCUAAUAUAGUGACUAAGACAGAAAAGUUUAAAUUCUUUGAGGGACGUAAUGGACUGGACAAUUAUGGUUGAAAAAACUUUUCAAAUAAUGAAUUGUGUAAGACGAAUGAACUAUGACAUUGUAGAGGUGCAUUUUACGGUUAAGGAAGGUUUAUAAUGCAUGAGGUUGAUGUUUUUUUAAUAGUUUAGAAAGUGAAGAAUUAGCUAUGUCCGCACCAAGCUUUGCCGGUCGUCAAUUUUUUAUUUUCUUACUUGAGACUGGAAACCUAUUUUUUAAGUAACCUAAGUCGUUAUUGUGGUUUGCGGUUACCUUUUAACGUUAUAAAUGAAUAAAUUAUCAAAAAAAUAUAGCGGUAAUUUGAAGUUUUGGAACAAUUUCAUAUUUGAAUGGCUAAAUGGGUAUAAAAAUGAGAGUUUUCACUAUUUGUAUGCGCCUUUGGUUUAACAAAUCAUUGUCUGUGCUACUCUUUUAAGUUCCAUUGCCAUUUGUGUUCAUUCCUAUUUAAAGUUUAUAGUUGAUCAUUGUCAGUUUAUAUGUAUACAUUUAUUCCUAUUUAUAGUCCAUAAAUUGAAAUCAAUUGUGGAUUUCAUCAAAUUUAAUGAUGUAGUUGUAAUUUGAAAUACAUGAGUUCCAGUUGUCCCUCAUAAAUAAAUUAUACAAACUAUAAAGAAUCUCCAUUUAUGGAUUUAUUAUUGAUGCAUAUUAAUGCAUUCCUCUGAGAUAUCAAGACUGGCUUGUCAAUCGGCCUGUUACGAAAAUUAACUUAUGAAAAAAUAUUUUUAAACAAUAAUUAUCAUAUUCUUGCACGAAUAAAUUCCUUAUUGGUUGUGCUUCCAGUUUGUUUGAUCAAAUUAUUAUUAUUUUUUAAUUAAUUCAAGAUAAGGUAUCUUAUCAUUCAAAGUUUCGAGAUAGCUGAAAUACAGCUUAUUAUGUGAUUGUUGCAUCGCUUAAGGCCAUCCACACACCUAGAGUCAUACGACUCGAUACGACACCGUAAAACGUCUAUGGACGUCGUGAACAUUGUUAGAAUAACUGUUCAAACUCAGAAUUGGUAAAUUGGAGCUGAUUCGAUUAUUCAGGACAUUCUUUUGACAUGUUUGUGGCUUUCCUGAUUGGGGUUAGCUUCAUUUGGCUUCGCUUUUUGAGUGUUGUGUCGUAUCGUGUCGAAUGUGAACACGACUGGAGUGAAACAAUACCGUCUUGUCAUGUCCCGCUAAGUGUGCGCUGAGGCCUUGAUUCUGAGUUGUAGUGUCAAUAGUUUACUGACCAAUUAUUCUAGAUAGUUUUCAUACUUUGGAUUAAUUUGAAAUUUGUCUAUUGUCUUUGGUGUUCUAUUCAUUACAAAUGUUGAAAUGCAAUUUAAAACCCACUUUAUUACAAUCUAUUAUAUUGUUGCAUU